GCUCGUUCCAGUUCACUCCUUCUUUCGACGACACCGACUCCCUACAGCGUUUCUCAAAGCCCAUCGGGUCAAAGGAAUCAGAUGCAGUCGGUCUUUGCUCUGAUCUCUUGAGAAUUCCCAUCUUCCACCAGCAAAGGCGUCUGUCUGUCGAGCCUCUCGUUUCUCGUUCUGCCACUCGCCGCCGAAUCCAAGUCAUACGACUUUUUCCCUCGACUUAAGCAGGCCCCUCGAAGUAGAAAGAAGCACAUAUCGCACAGUCGCCAUACAAAGGCGAACGGCCGCCAAAGUCCAACAGCCUUCUUCUCCUGCCAGAGUCUCGUCUCUUUUUUUAUCCUUUGACAAACUCCCCGGUGGAGCCAGCCUGAUAUUAAUCUUUUACUUCUGCCUGUUUCGCAUCGACAUUCAACCCGUAGCCUCCACUCUGAGGCUCUUUUUUUUUUUCCGGCCUGAUUUCACUUUGACAUCUCUCUUCUCUUUCACACGCUCGUUCUAUCAAUAUGAAAUCGUCAACAAUCAUUUCCGGCGCCUUGGUGGCUGCUUCUCAGAUUUGCACUGCUCUUGGUGCAACCCCUAUGAGAGUCGAUGAGGUUAGCCAUGUUAUCCGGGCCAAUCUCCAAGUGCCAUCACAAGCACCUGUACCAGGCGCCGAUCGAUCGGCGGGCUGCUGGAGUUCCAAGGGAAACUUGACGGAAACAAGCGGCGUGGUGCCGACAAAGGUUUCUUCCGGCUCAUGCAACAUUUUGUGCAAAUCCAAGAAUUUUGCUGUCACGGGACUGCAGGGUGCCAAGUGUUAUUGCGGAAUGCUUUAUCCCCCCGCGGAUGACUUGGCUGAUGAUUCCAAAUGUACUUACGCUUGCCCUGGCUUUGGUAACGAGGCUUGCGGCACUCUUGGAAACCCAGGUUUCUUCAGCCUAUGGAACACUGGUAUCAACAUCGAUCCUCCCAACUAUACGCCCCCAUCAUCAACGACAUCGUCUACUUCUUCUUCAACCAGCUCGACGUCAUCUGAUGCCGAGAAAUCUUCGGCCGCCGCCGCCAAUCCUUCAAGCCCGGCUACUCAAUCUGCAGAGCCAACUCCAUCAGAUGCUCCGUCGGGAGGAAAGAAGACCAACGUUGCUGGUAUUGCUGCGGGCACCGUUGUUGGUGUUGUCGUCCUGGGAGGUCUUCUGGGAGCUGCCUUUUUCACCAUGAGGCGAAGACGGAACGCCGAGAUUGAGGAGGAACAUCGCCGCAAUGCCGCCGUCAAUGCCUUCAUCAACGGCUCCAAGCCGCCUUCUACCAGCGGUAGCAUUUCCAUGACCGACUCUCGUCUCGACCCUGUCCUGGCCCACCGCAGGCUCAGUGAUGGCAGUAUUGCAGACAAUGAGGACUACUCUCGUCGUAUCUUGCGGGUCACCAACGCAUAAGCAAAUAGCCACAUAUCCACUUAACGACGAGCGAAUUUGCCUUUCAUUUGGCCUCACCAAUUUCUCCUUCAAUCAUGGGCAUUUACGGCGUUAUCGGGAUGGUAGCUCAUGUCCAUUUGGUUGACCCCCCCCCUCUUGGCCCGAUGGCCAAGCGGCGUUUUGACAUUUUCUCUUUCUCUUUUCUUUAUUUCAGGCGUAGGGAUAGACUUUUACUACUCAGGGAAAUGAAUGAGUUUGGCCAUCUUCAACAUCAUACCCCGGCUUUCCCUACGCCGUCCACUCCUUACGUGUCCGAUUGACUCUUACAAUUUAAUUUUUUUGGCGAUUAGAGAGCGAGGAACGCAACGGCAUUAAACUCCUCGUCUUCACAACUUUUAUGAAGCAAAGGGGAGGCGCAAGGCUGCCCGAUUAACACGCUUUGCUUUGUUGGCCCAGCGUGUUUUUUUUUUUUAACAAUUCCCAUUUCCAGGAACCUCCUGUGUAUAAACUUGUUGGCGUGCGGAGAGAGAGGCAUUAACCGAGCUAUCAAUGCUUCGGGUGUAUGUAUGAAAGAGAUAAAGGCCAGGGACGUGUGUUUGUGUGUGAAGGAGCUAGAAGAUAAAAUAUGGUUGCUAACUGAGUUGUUUACUUCCUUUUUUCUUUUUUUUUGGGACGUGGGCGAUGGAUCUUGGGUGGGAUUGUGUAUGUAGGGAUUGCGCAUAGUAACCAAGUACCAUCAUGUCGAAACAAAAAAAAUUAUUCAUUGAG